AUGUUAUCAACAUCUAUUGUGGACGAAAAGGCAAAAGAUGGCAAUAAUGGAUUAUAUCAAGGGUCUAUUGUUGGAUCUCACGAAUAUGAAUCUCAUGAUGGUCAAUUAUUUGGUCCAGAACCUACUGCAGAAGAUUGGGAAACAUUACCACAAGUAUCAGAUCAUAUUCCAAAGGCUGCUUAUUUGGUGAUUUUGAUUGAAUUCUGUGAACGUUUUACUUAUUAUGGUUUAAGUGGUCCUUUCCAAAACUAUGUACAAUACCCUGAUCCUCCUUUUUAUCCAGCUGAUCAACCUGGUGCUAUUGGUAGAGGUCAACAAACUGCUACUGCUCUUACAACUUUCUUCCAAUUCUUCUGUUAUAUUACUCCUAUUCUUGGUGCCGUUAUUGCUGAUCAAUUCUGGGGAAAAUAUAAAACAAUUGUCGUGUUUGCUUGUAUUUACUUUGUUGGUUUGAUCAUCCUUACUUGUACUGCUAUUCCUGGCGCUAUUGCUAGUGGUGCUGCCUUCCCUGGAUUUGUUGUGGCUAUCAUCAUCAUUGGUCUCGGUACUGGUGGGAUCAAAGCAAAUGUCUCACCUCUUGUUGCUGAACAAUAUGUACAAAAGUCUCCCUUUAUUAGAACAAACAAGAAUGGCAAACGCGUCAUUGUGACUCCUCAAGCAACUUACCAAAAAAUUUUCAACAUGUUUUACUGGGGUAUCAAUGUAGGUUCCUUGUCUGCUAUUGCUACCACUGAACUCGAAAAACAAGUUGGUUUCUGGCCUGCCUAUCUAUUACCUACUUGUAUGUUUAUUCCUUGUAUGGUUGUUGUACUCCUUGGUCGCAAUCAAUACAUUCAAAAUCCUCCUCGUGGUUCUGUCUUUGUGGAAGCUGGUCGUCUCUUCAUGAUGACUUUUAAAGUCAAAGGAAAAAUGGAAGCAUGUAAACCCUCAAAUUUGAUUCAUACCCAUCCUGAAUUGGUUGCCAAAGCUACAUGGGACGAUAUCUUCGUUGAUGAAUUGAAGCGUACAUUACGUGCUUGUAUUGUCUUUUGUUGGUUCCCUAUCUAUUGGUUAUGCUAUUCUCAAAUGACGAACAAUUUGGUUUCUAUGGCUAGUACAAUGUGGACGGGACAGGUGCCUAAUGAUAUUAUGCAAAAUAUUGACCCACUCUGUCUAAUCAUCUUCAUUCCUUUAAUGGACCUAUUCAUUUAUCCAUUCCUUCGAAAGAUUGGUUUACCUAUGGGACCUAUGGUUAGAAUUACAUGCGGUUUCUUCUUCGCUGCCGUUGCAAUGGGUUACACUGCUGGUAUUCAAUCAAUGGUUUAUAAUUCUCCUCCUAACUAUGAUCAUCCUGAUGGACCCAAUGAUAUAUCUGCUGCCUACAUCAUUCCUUCUUAUGUGUUCAUCGCUUUGUCUGAAAUCUUUGCUUCCAUCACUGGUUUGGAAUAUGCCUACAAGAAGGCUCCUCAAUCAAUGAAAUCUAUUGUUAUGGCCCUCUUCUUAUUCACAAAUUGUAUUGCUUCCCUUCUUGCUUUUGCCCUUGUGUCUGUUGCUGUUGAUCCUAAAUUGAAGUGGAUGUAUACCGGUAUUUCUAUCACAGCUGGAAUUUGUUGUGUUCUCUUUUACAUCUGUCACCGCAAGAAUGAUGAUGUUGAUUCUGAAGAAGAUGCCAUUAUUCGAACUGACACUGAAAUGAAGGACUACAAAGGAAACGAUCAUGCUCAAGUCACUGCUGAAUACGAAGCUUCCAAGGGUGCUGCCUAAUCGAUCAUUUAUUAUCUCUUACUUUUUUUAUUAGUUAGAA